AGGCCAGCUUGCAAGUUCCUCCGACUCUGCCUAUCCUUAUCCUGUUUCCGGUUGCCCGGCCUAAGCUCUCUGCAUCCGGAAAGCGAUCCCGAAGCUUCUCAAUUUCGCGAAUUUGAGCAAGGCCCGUAAUGCUUCCCUGUAGGUCUCAGAGACUGAGGUGAAAAUGGAGAUGGCACUAAUGGCGAACGGGCAAGUGAUGGGUAUCUCACAUUCCGAAACAAGCUGUAGCUGCAGGUGGCGGCAUCCGGAUUCUUCUUCUCAUGGGUUUCUGAAAUCCCGGCGACCCAUUUUCGCAGUUCCUUCGAGCAUCAAGAGUGGGACGAGAUUAAGGAAGUUUGGGCGCUUGAGGAUUAAGGCUGAGAUGGAUAAUCAGGCAACGGUUGAGGAGAAAGACUUGGAUUUCAAGCCGUCUUUCGGAGAGUACUUAAAAGCCAUGGAGGCUGUGAAAACUGGCCGAGAGAAGAGGCAAAUCCGUAACUUCAAGGACCCGGAGCUGAAGGCUGACGUCAAUCUAGUCGAAAAGAUAGGUGAAAACGAGGCAAGAUCAGUGGAAGGAGAUGAAGCAAAUGAAAGUUUCAACAGGCUAAAGGGACUUAGGGGCAAAGAGAAGCCAUCCAUUUCCAGCGUCAAGCGAAAUGAUGAGCUGCGCAAAAGCGAUGGAGGCAAUGGGCCGCAAGCUGCGGUUGAUGGUAAGCUUUACUAUGAAAAGAAUAGAGUUAGAAGAAGGGAGAGUGAUAAAUCUGCUGGCAUUGAAUCUACUGCUAAAGUAGAGAGGAAGACAGGAGGGGUAACUAGAGAUGGGAAAGGAUUCAGUGGUCGAAUGUCUAGGAUGAAUCACGAGAUAGGAGGCUUGAACAUGGCUAAGGUUGAUAAGAUGGAGAAUGUGGAAGAAGACUCUCUUUUAGUUGAUGAUUUUAAGUCCAACAGCAGCAAUAUCAAGCCAAAAGAGACGGGUAAUUACAGUGAAAGCUCACGUGGAAUUUGGCUGAAGAAAAGGAAUGUCUUUGAAGGGAAGGAAGUUGGUGGUAGAGACCGUAGAACGAGUGAGAAACGUGCAGCAAAUUUCCUCCAGGUUGAGGAGACUACUUCGUAUGAAAUUAAGAAGAAAAAUGAGAUGCUGCGUGAAAAGAAGAUGCAGAAUGUGGAAGAAGACUCUCUUUUAGUAGAUGAUUUUAAGUCCAACAGCAGCAACAUCACUACAAAGCCGAAAGAGACAGGUAGUUACAGUGAAAGCUCACCUGGAAUUUGGUUGAAGAAAAGGAAUGUCUUUGAAGGAAAGGAAGUUGGUGGUAGAAACCAUAGAAUGAGCGAGAAACGUGCAGCAAAUUUCCUCCAGGUUGAGGAGACUACUUCGUAUGAAAUUAAGAAGAAAAAUGAGAUGCUGCAUGAAAAGAAGAGGCUUUAUCUGAAAAAUAGUGGAGAUACUGGUUCAGAAGUGGACAGAGCGGCCUUCACAAACUUGGAGAAAUCAGAUUAUGUUGCUUCCAGGUUACCAGCUUCCAAAAGAGAAAUGGAAGAUAGAGUCCAGAAGCUAGCAAAUUGUUUAAAUGGGGCAGACAUUGAUAUGCCAGAGUGGAUGUUCUCUAAGAUGAUGCGAAGUGCAAGAAUCAGAUACACAGAUCAUACUGUUCUGAGGAUUAUUCAGAUAUUAGGUAAACUGGGAAACUGGAGACGGGUUAUACAAGUCAUUGAGUGGCUUCAGAUGCGCGAUCGGUUUAAAUCCCACAAACCCGGGUAUAGUGUUCCCCCCCUCUUCUCCAUGUUUAUUCACACAACUGCACUUCAUGUACUUGGGAAGGCAGGAAGACCUGUAGAGGCACUGAAUCUAUUUUACUCCAUGCAGAAACGCAUGUCAACCUAUCCUGACUUGGUAGCUUAUCAUUCUAUAGCCGUCACCCUCGGUCAAGCAGGUUAUAUGAAGGAACUAUUUGAUGUUAUUGAUAGCAUGCGAUCACCUCCUAUGAAGAAGUCCAAAGCAGGGAUUUAUGGGAACUGGGACCCGACGUUAGAACCUGAUGUUGUGAUCUACAAUGCGGUCCUCAAUGCUUGUGUCAAAAGAAAGCAAUGGGAAGGUGCCUUUUGGGUCUUGCAACAGUUGAAGGAGCAAAACCAGAAGCCUUCAACUGCAACAUAUGGACUAGUCAUGGAGGUCAUGUUCGCGUGCGAGAAAUACAAUCUGGUUCAUGAGUUUUUCAGGAAAUUGCAGAAAAGUUCUCUUCCAAAUGCUUUAGCUUAUCGAGUUCUUGUGAAUACUCUCUGGAAGGAAGGCAAGACAGAUGAAGCUGUAUUAACUGUUCAAGAGAUGGAAAGACGAGGAAUUGUGGGUUCUGCUGCCCUUUAUUAUGAUCUUGCUCGUUGUCUUUGUAGUUCGGGAAGGUGUGAAGAAGCAUUGACACAGAUUGAGAAAAUAUGCAAGGUGGCCAAUAAGCCAUUGGUGGUAACUUACACUGGACUAGUACAAGCUUGUUUGGAAGCUGGGCGAACCGAUAGUGCAGCGUACAUCUUUGACCACAUGAAGCAGUUCUGCUCCCCAAAUCUUGUAACUUGCAACAUAAUGCUCAAAGGUUAUCUGGAUAAUGGGCGAUUUGAAGAAGCAAAGACGAUCUUCCACAGGAUGUCAGAAGACAGCAAAGAAAUCAGCAACAAAUUGGAUUAUAAGGUGAGAGUGGUUCCAGAUAUCUACACAUUCAACACGAUGCUAGAUGCCUGUGUCGCAGAGCAGAGGUGGGAUGACUUUGUCGAUGUCUAUGGAGGGAUGUUGCAGUAUGGAUACCACUUCAACGCUAAGCGUCACCUCCGGAUGAUUUUGGAAGCUGCCAGAGCUGGAAAGGAAGAGGUAGUGGAAAUGACCUGGAAGCACUUGGCUCGCACUGAUCGGGUUGCACCCCCUCCUAUCAUCAAAGAAAGACUGUGCAUGAUGCUUAAGAAAUGCAACCAUAACUCUGCUCUCGCCUGUAUCGCUGAAAUGAAGCACGAGGAGGAGAUCCCAGCUUUCUCAAUGACAGCCUGGUCCAAUUUGUUGAAAGAUAAUUCUCACAGGUUCAGUCGGGAAACUGUUGUGCAGCUUGUGGAGGAGGGCAACAUGUUAGUAUCGGGACGAAAUACUGCUGUUAACCGUCCACUGCAGAAUCUAUUGACAGCCUGUGAUAAUUUUCUGCGGACAAGCAUGUGAUUUGUGAACAAGAAGAACAAACCUUCUGCAACAUUGAUAUUGACUGCAGAGUUUCGAACUGUACAUGAAAACUGAAUACUAAACAUCCAACUCCUCCGACUCCGAGACCGAGAUGACCAAAGUGGAGAAUGAGGAACCCUUUCUUGGAGGGAUAAGGAGCCCUUAAUUUAGAGAGGGAAUUUUGGGCUUGGGCCAUUUGCUUGACCUACAACGGGCUUUGGAGCUCUGCUCGGCAAGCCUGGGCCUAGAGGAACAUUGUUGAUGACAAUGGGUGGGGUUCAAACUCGAACUCAAUAUAAACCCAUCGAGUUUUGGGAGAGCAAAAUCAGUCAAAUAUAAUAAUGUAUU